CAAUUGUCGGCAAAAAAGCCCUACACUGUGACGCGCUCUCGCAAUCAUAUGCUGCCUGUCUACUUGUCCGUCAAGGGACGCAAAAGACGUGAACAGACCUACGGCGAGCGAAUGCUCACUGUGAUCACAAAGGUCGGCGGAGAUAUGCAGGCCCUCGCGUCCGAUCUGGAAGCCAUCCUAAAACCCAAGUGUGAAUCCGGUCUCUUCCUCUGUCAAGUGGACGAAGCAACCCGCAAGAUCAUCAUAGACGGCAUUUUCUUGGACGAAGUAUCUGCUUUUUUGCUAGAAAAUGGAUUUUAG